AUGGCGGACUCUCAAGAACAGCCCCAUCAAGGCACAUCCUCCAAGCUCCUCAAGCCUGUCGAUGCCUUUCUGAAAGAAAUCGGCCUCGUAACCCUCUACCACUCUCCCCUCGACACCAAAAUCCUCAUCUUCCAGCGCUUCGUCCGCCUCUUCGCCUACGGCGGGUCAACGUUGAUCCUCGCCUCCUACCUCUCCGACCUAGGUAACGAAGAUGCCCGCAUCGGCUUGUUUAUGACCCUCACUCUGAUCGGGGAUGUCUUUAUCUCGUUCCUACUCACCCUGGUCGCCGACCAAUUGGGCCGACGGUGGAUUCUUGUCCUGGGAGCCGCAUUGAUGUCGGCCAGCGGUGUUGUAUUUGCUCUGAGUGGAAACUAUUGGGUUCUGUUGGCCGGGGCCAUUCUAGGCGUCAUCAGUCCUGCAGGUAAUGAAAUCGGACCUUUCCGCGCUAUCGAGGAGUCCACCAUCGCCCAUCUGACUGCCAGUACCGAUCGCAGCGACAUCUACGCGUGGUACUCGCUGAUAGGAACUGCCGGGACAGCAUUGGGGUUCAUUGGAUGCGGCUGGCUCAUUACGCUGUUGCAGGAGAGAAAGCACUACGGCUCUGUCCAGGCGUAUCGUAUCAUCUUCUUCAUCUACGCGUUUGUCGGGAUUAUCAAGCUGUGCUUGGCCCUCUUGCUGAGCAAAGAAUGCGAGGUGGAUGCUCAGCCAAAGUCCACCAAUACCACCGAGACGGCGCCUCUGCUGGGUAAUGACCGCGGCACGCAGAACAAGGACGACGACAUUCAGAAGAAGCGACGAUGGAGACUCCUCCCUGAUAUCAGCAAGGAGAGUAAGGUUGUGUUGGUCCAGUUGUGUAUUCUGUUUGCCUUUGACAACUUUGCUUCUGGACUGGCGCCAUUAUCAUGGGUGACGUAUUUCUUCAAGCGAAAGUUCAAUCUGCCAGAGGGCAAGCUGGGAUCGAUAUUUUCCAUUACAGGCAUCAUCUCGGCGCUAUCCAUGCUCGUGGCAUCCUCCAUCUCGAAACGGAUUGGGAACGUCAAGACCAUGGUCUUCACUCACCUCCCCUCGGCCAUCUGCCUCGCCCUGAUCCCUAUCCCAUCCACCCUCCCAGGAGCUCUCGUUUUUCUCAUCGGUCGUGCAUGCACACAAGUCAUGGACGUGGCACCGCGAUCUGCCUUCCUCGCGGCGAUUGUCCUCCCCCACGAACGCACCGCCGUCAUGGGCACUAUCAACGUCGUUAAGACGUGCGCGCAGAGCAUGGGCCCCGUCAUCACCGGCGUCCUCGGCACCAAGAACCACUUCUGGGUCGCCUUUGUCGCGGCCGGGUCUUUGAAGGCGACUUACGACUUGGGACUGCUGGCCCUGUUUGCGGAGCGGAAGAGCCGAGAAGAGAGAAUAUCGGAGGAGAGGAGGGACGAGGAGCAAUAG